GUUUGUCGACCUGUUAAAACCGGUUGUAGGAUGGACGUUAAAACAAAUAAUACAAGAUCGUACAAAUGUCCCGAGUUUCAUGACACUAUAUUAUAAAUUAAAAGUGCGUUUACUGCCAUUACAUAUGUCCGAAACAAAUUAUUAAUCAUUAACUGACGCAUAAAGUGGCCCUCAAAGAGCUGUAUUGAUGACAGUGGUUGAUGUUGAUGCACGCGAACAUUAGCUGAAGUAAUACAUACAAACGUAAAAGACAUUUAUUACAGUCGCUUGACGUCACCGGAAAUUGUUGCAAUUUAUGAUAUGUGAGGCGAUCAGUGCAUACAUUUGAUAAAUUUUCACGCAUAUAUCGUGAAUAUAUUUACACAUUGUAUUCGCUUUAAUGUUCGGGAAAAUCUUAAAUUGAAACCAUUUAAGGAAUGAAGAACUUAGGCAAACAGAUCUUUGUGUUUUGUUGAACUGCAAGCUUGCCAAGAUCGAAAGUGGUCGGCAAUACUCUUUCUUUAAUCUGUUAGUUAAAAUGUCCGCUCGCGGACGGACUAUUCGUUCGUCAUUCAGACGAAAGCAGACAGUUAUUCAAGAAGUAAGGGUUGUAUUAAUGGAUAACACUUGCCUACAAGAGAAGUUCGAUGAAGAGCGUUCAAUGACCGGAGUCGAUAUAUUAAGACGUAUUGGCGAACGUCUAAAUCUAUCGAAAGAUGAAUUGAAAUACUUCGGCUUAAAAUAUCCCGAUUUGGACGGGCAAAUGAACUGGCUACUAUUAUCCGAGUCAGUCAAGAGACAUUUUUCUAAAAGGCCUUAUCAACUUCAGAUGGCUGUUCGCAUUUAUCCUGAGGCAAACAAUACGAUUUCUGAUCAUUGCGUUAGGUUAUGCUGUUAUCAAAUUAAGAGUGACAUUAAUCGUGGUAUUUUUAUGUGCACACCCUCCCAACAUGCAGCGAUCGACUCUUAUUUUGCUCAAGCCAUUAUCGGGGACUAUAAUGCCAAAUCACAUACACCGGGCUAUCUCGAGGACUAUUUGGGCUUUUUGUUCGAACAUCCUAGCGGUGUAAACUGCAGUGAAGGCACGGUCAACGCUCGGUCAUAUGAAGAUGACGUUGUACGAAGACAUAAAGAUCACAGUGGUAUGACCAAGAAAGAAUCAUGGCUUGCGCUGUUGGGCAUCGCAGCGACCAUCGCUCGUUUCAACACGAUGAAACAUCGCGCGAAAGACUGCAGCGAUAAAACUCGUGUGGAAAUCGCGACAUCGCAGGAUGGCGUGCAUAUCUACAACCUAAAUCGUCUCGACGAGCCGGAUUUCAUGAAGAGACAUUUUUCCUUUCGAGGGCUCGCGGUCAUAUGUUACAAGAACAAACUCAUGUUGACGUCCGCUUCUGGUAAAUGCAAAUUUAAAUUUUCUGGGCUAUACGGAGAGAAAUCUGCGAAGAGACUUUUAGAAGACAUACUCGAAUGCCGUUUGUAUAACAACUGCACUUUAACGAGAACUGAUCCCAUUUUAUAUCACUCAGAAGAAGCCAGACGUGCGAACGAAGCGUAUUUAAAUCGAACCUCUUCCAAAUAUCGUAGCUUCCGCGAUGCUCCCAUUGCUCGCAGACAGGGCUCCGCAAGUCGUGUCUACUCAAGCAUAAGGUCGAGAUUUUCGAGAAAAAAUUCAAAAACGCGUAGUAGCGAUCCUGGUGGCGAAUUGAAUGAUCGCGAUUUAGAAAAACAGCGAGCAUCACGAAUAGAGGUGUUUACCAACUAGAAAACACCGUAUUUUUGGUGCUGUGUAAAGUUGUAAGCUUUUAUAUUUAAAUUCGCUGGCGAUAGCCAUAUGACAAACAAGAUUAACGAAAAAAAUCUUGAACUCUGUAAGGGGUGAAGUAUCUAAACUCAAAAUAAUAUUAACGCGUUAACACUUAGUCGUGUUCUCGACACCAUGCUGUUUAAUGUAUUUAAUAAACUGAAUGUUUUAUUUGAAUUCUAUGUGGGAGGCAGUUGUGUUUGGUCAAUUUACAUUUUUAACCAAUAAAUUACGAAUAAUGAAUUACUAUGUUUGUAUGUGUACUAUGUAAAUGAACAAUAAUAUUUAAGAGUUUAGACGUAGCCAUUGGCUUUAUCGUACAUCCUUUAGUUUAUUUGAUUUUGCCAUGAAAACUUUAUCAAAUUUACGCUAUACGAGUGUAUAUACUGGUGUAUAUAGACGCCAUGUUGUAUGAAUUGACCAGAAUAGUUUUAUACUCAUUGUUGAUAUUGCUCUUGAAGUAAUAUAUUUAAUUACGAUUUUUGAAAAAUGUUCUUAA